AUGAGUAAUGCUAGGACCCGAUUGACUUGGGCAUGUCUAAGAUGCAAAAAGAAAAAGGUUUCUUGUGACAGUGGCAGACCAAGCUGCUCAAGAUGUGAGAAACAAAAUACACCUUGUAUUUAUUUACAAGACAAACGAAUAGAUAAAAAAUCCUCAAGUCAGAAGAAUAAAAAAAGAGUCAAUGUGCCAGAAAAAGCUCAAACAGAGAUUCCUGUUUCAUCAGAGCUUCCAAAGAGCUAUUUAAGACCCGAUAAUAGCACGGUGGAUUUCAAUUUUGACAAAUUUAUGGGCUACUGGAACUCAGAUUGUCUUGAGAUAGAGGAAGAUACAAUAAAUCAUUCUCUCUUGCCCGAUUUUGAUAUAAACCAAUUUUUGAAAUACCUUGACGACGACGCAUCACCUAUAAUUGAUCCCGUUAAGGUCGAACAAUCUCCCCAUAUAGACUUAAUAGAGUCGGUUUUCCAAAAUAAAACCCAUCCUCCACCUGGUAUCGUUAAACAGUAUAUAAUUGAUAUUGACCAUAUGUAUUAUGGUGAAAAAAAAGAUUUACCCAAGGAUGCAAUAUUCCUUCUAUCGACUAUUCUAUGUCUUGGUGCUUUGACAUUAGCCAAACGUGACUUAUUAGCUCAAAAAAUUCGUCCAAAUGAGAUUACUGUAUCUGAUGCUUUUACUCAUUAUCAAAAAGCUAAAAGUUAUUUAACUGAUAUUCUAGAAAACCCCUCUAUAAAUGGCUUUUUGGGCUUAGUGUUGAUGGCAAAUUUCAUGACUUUAAUGUUAUCUUUGGAAGGUCAAAUGUUUUUAUGCUUUAAUGCCUUACAAAUUGCAGUAUCAUUAGGACUAAAUAUUCAACCUUUUGAAGGAGAAGGCGACAAUCAUAUAAUUUUGUUCUGGAGUUUAUGGUGCUCUUCCUGCAUGCUUGCUGGUUUCCAUGGUAGACAGUCUCCAUUGAAUAUCAGUGAUAUAAAAGUCAGUCGACCAAUUGAUCUUCUGUCGAUAGAAAAUUAUGGAAAUUGGGGAGGUACAAUGUUCAAUGCAAGAAUUGAUUUCGCUCAAGCUUUUUCUUUGGCUCAUCAAGUAAGUAAGUUAGGACCUGGUCAGGAAUUUGAUGCAUUAGCAACUUUUGUCAAUAACUUGUCAAAUCAUUUAGAAAAUCUAAAGUCAAUUCCUUCUGCUGAUUUUGAUCUGUAUAAUCGUCGAAUUUUUUAUUUUAAAGAGCUCGAAUGCUGGAGAGCUCAAACUAUUAUGUUGCUAUACUCGGAUCAGCUUGUAAGGGGCAGAAGCUUAAAUUCUGUUUUAGAAGCUCAAAGAAUUAUAAGAGAUUUAUGGUUUUAUUAUACUUAUGAUUUUCCAGAAAAUCAAGAACGUUUGAUUUCUUAUUUAGAUUGGAACUUCUCAUACCCUUUUAGAACAGCAUCUCUCACUGUUUGGAUUGCAUGUGUAAUUAUACAUAGGUAUAAGCAAUCUGUACCUUAUUUAGAGCAUGAGAAUAUCAAUCCUUAG